AUGGACCUAUACUCUGGGUACAACCAGAUACCCAUGUUCCGACCUGAUGAGGAAUCCACAUCAUUCAUUACAGACAGAGGAUUGUAUUGCUAUAACGUGAUGCCCUUUGAAUUGAAAAAUGCCAUAGCUACAUAUCAGAGGCUAGUCAACAUGAUAUUUGCCGAACUCAUUGACAAAACCAUGGAAGUCUACGUGAACGACAUGUUAGUUAAAAGCCUCCAGGCGAAAGCACACGUAAGUCACUUCGACCAAACCUUUCAGAUUCUUAGAAAGUAUAAAAUGAAAUUGAACCCUCUCAAGUGCACCUUCGGGGUAGCUUCAGGUCAAUAUCUGGGAUUUAUUGUGAACCGAAGAAGGAUUGAGGCGAAUCUGGAAAAGAUAAGGGCCUUAAUGGAAAUGAGAGAACCACUAUUGCUAUACAUAGCAGUCUCAGACAAGGCUGUCAGCGCAGUCUUUGUCAAAGAGGAAAACACGCAUCAAUUGUCGGUGUACUAUAUUAGCAAAGCACUACUCCUAGCAGAGAAACACUACCUAGAUAUGGAGAAACUUGCACUCUCUCUUGUCACAGCGUCGAGGAAACUGAGGCCGUACUUUUUGGUCGAUUCAAUUGAAGUUCUCACCAACUUCCCAUUAAGACAAGUGUUAAAGAAAAUAGACGCUUCGGGCCUUUUGCUAAAAUGGGCAAUCAAGCUCAGGGAGCUCUACCUACUGUUCCGGCCCCAAAAUACCAUCAAGGGCCAGGCCUUCGUAGAUUUCAUGGUUGAGUUUGCCAAAGUCCUAGAAAUUGAGGUGACAAUGGAACCAGCUGAGCCCCCAACAUGGAACCUAUUUGCGGAUGGAUUGUCAAGGAAGACUGGCUCCGAAGCAGGAGUCGUUUUGGAAAGUCCAGAGGACCAUAAGCCAAACUGCACAGUCAGAUUCGACUUCAAAGCCUCAAACAAUGCUGCGGAAUAUGAGACCAUCCUAGCAGCCAAAGACAGUGGCAUGGCUGCGUAUCUGAAAUUUGUUCUGAACGUAGUCCCUCACUUCAAGAGAUUCGAACUGAUUCAAGUCCCACACCUCGAAAAUACACACGCAUAUGUCUUAUCCAAGUUGGCCAACAGCAGGGAUUCAGAGCUGCUUAAAAUUGUCCCAAUUGAGCUCCUACCGAAGCCCUCUAUCUCUGGAGGUGAAGAGAUACUAAGGAUUGAAGGCAACCCACUUUGGAUGCAACCCAUCGUAGCCUAUCUCAAAGGUCAAUCACUGCCAACCUCGAAAAGUGAGGCGAAAAAAUUGAGAAGGAGGACUGCUCACUUCGUUGACGUCCUCUACAAAAGAGGCUUCGCCUCGCCACUUCUCCGAUGCGUGGGAAGGGAAGAAGCCAUGUAUAUACUUAGGAAAAUUCAUGAGAGACUUGUGGCCAUUCACAUCGACUUCGUUGGCCCACUCCCAAAAGGAAGAGAAAGCGCAACUUUUGUCAUUGUUGCCAUUGAUUACUUUACCAAGUGGGUUGAGGCUGAACGUUUGGCCAGGAUCACCGAGGCGAAUACUAUAAAAUUCGUCUGGAAAAACAUCAUUUGCAAAUUCGACAUUCUCCAUUCUUUAGUGUCUAAUAAUGGAAGACAGUUCGACAACCAGAAAAUGCGAGACUUGUGUGACGAGUUGGGGAUAAGGAAAGAUUUCUCAACACCUCAUCACCCCCAAAAACCAAACUCUUCACCUGGGGGACCUCGUCCUCAGAAGAGUUUUCCAAUCAUCGAAGCCAAUUGGGUCCAGAGUGUUUGGACCGAACUGGGAAGAGGUGGACCGAAACCAUUACAAAGUAUUCUUAUUGUACUGGAGGGGCAUCUUCAGCUCCAGCCUCCAGUCCGACCUCUUGGGGGCUUCAGUAGCUUCCUAAGCGGCCCUGUUAGGUCGACCUCCGGUAGGCCCACCGAACUCCACUUCCAGGGAAGUUAG